CAGGCAUACUGUGAAACAGCAUAGGGAUUAGUAGCUUCAGUGAGGAUUUUAACAAAGGCUAGAAAAAGGCUUUUGUAAUCAAAAGAUGCCUAAAUUCAUUAUUAACACAAAUGUGAGCAAGGAUAAUGUGCCAGAUUGCUUGAUAGAAGAGCUCACCCAGCAACUACCAAAAGCACUGGGCAAACCGGCACAGUAUCUAGCACUACAGAUCUCUACUGAUCAGUUGCUGUCCUUCCAUGGCUCCAAAGACCCCUGCGCCAUGUGCUUUCUCUACAGCAUUGGCAAGAUAGGAGAGCAGGAGAACAAGGACUAUUCCAAGCUGCUGUGUGAUCUUCUGAACAAACAUCUGAAAAUACCUGCAGACAGAAUCUACAUCAGCUACUUUGAUAUGAGUGCUGCCAAUGUAGGCUGGAACCGUACCACCUUUGCUUAAGGCCUAUGAAAAGUAACAGGUUAUUCAUGGACUAGAAUUUUACUGAGUUCUGUGAUUACUGCUCGCCAUGGUUCCAGUCAUACUUUCUGCAUUGUGUGUGCAAAUUCAAGGAUCAGUGAUUCCUUAGUAGCAUGCUUACCUGUUGCUGCUUUAACAUUCUUCUGCACCAUACCUGUAAAAGAGAAGUAAAGACUUAGAAAAAAU